GUGACUAAUUACCUCGAUGAAUACCCUCCUUCAGGGUGAUCGGCCCCCGGUUAAUGCCACCAGCGACCUCUCCUGCAUGUCAACGUGCUCCAAACAGGGCCCGCAUCUCUGCGCGUGUGUGUGUGUCCUUUGUUCCUCUUACUUCUAACCUGUCCUGUCCCUUUAAGAUUAGACAUUUCAAUCUAGGCGUGUUUCCUGCUGCCAUUGACUAAAAAAAAAAAAAAAAAAAAUAGGAGAAGAAGAAAAAGCGCUGGCAUCCUGCAGGGGAGAAAAAGAGCAUCAAACGAGCUCCACGCGUUUGCGUCCAGACAGGCGGUUCUUUCUUUUUUUAAUUUGAAAUGUGUUUCAUUCCUGGAGGAUUUGUAUAACGCUUAUUGGAUCUUCGCGAUGAUAUGAAUGUCACUCGGUCAAGGUCCGAGCUCCCGAUGCAACAGCCGCGGCCGGAUUCUCCACAUUCGGGUGGGAAACAGAUGACACAAGCUUUCGGAUGAAUUAGUUUGUCUUUUUAAAAUAUUGUUAAUAUUGUCGGCUGAGAAGAGAUUCUCGUGUGUGUGUGUGUGUGUUUUUUUUUUUGGUUUGUUUUUGAGCAGCGUGGGAGCUUCGCGGUGGGAAUGACACGCUGCGGCGAAGACAGGAAACAGGAAAAAAUAAUAAUGGGAAAAAAAUAAAACCACGAUGUGACUGCGACACCUCGAUCCAUAAAGAAGGAAAAGGGGAAAUCCUUUUUUUUUUUUUUUUUACAGGCAUCGGCUUGUGCUCAAAUCUACAACACCGCGGAGUGGACCGCAUUGACUUCACAACCGAGACACAUCGUCUUCAUAAAAACAGCUGACACGCGCACACACACGCACACACGUGCGCGCACCAUGUCGGCGGUGAUGGUCACGCGAAAGGUGCGAAAAUGGGAGAAGCUUCCGGGGAAGAACACGUUCUGCUGCGACGGGCGGGUGAUGAUGGCCCGGCAGAAGGGGGUCUUCUACCUCACCCUGUUCCUCAUCGUCGGGACCUGCUCGCUCUUCUUCGCCUUCGAGUGUCCCUACCUGGCUGUCCAUCUGUCUCCUGCCAUCCCGUUUUUCGCUGCCCUGCUCUUCCUCUUCGUCAUUGCCAUGUUGUUGAGGACCAGCUUCAGUGACCCCGGGGUGCUGCCCCGGGCUCUUCCAGAGGAAGCCACAUUCAUCGAGAUGGAAAUUGAGGCUGCUAAUGGGAACGUCCCCGCAGGCCAGCGGCCGCCCCCUCGAAUCCGCAAUGUUCAGAUUAACAACCAGAUCGUCAAACUCAAGUACUGCUACACUUGCAAGAUCUUCCGACCACCUCGAGCAUCUCACUGCAGCAUCUGCGACAACUGCGUCGACCGCUUUGACCACCACUGUCCAUGGGUGGGGAACUGCGUGGGCAAGAGGAACUACAGAUACUUCUACAUGUUCACCCUGUCGCUCUCCCUGCUCACCAUCUACAUCUUCACCUUCAACAUCGUCCACGUGGUGAUGCGUUCGGUGGAUGGCGGCUUUUUGAACACUUUGAAGGAGACACCUGGAACUGUUCUGGAGGUUUUGGUGUGUUUCUUCACCCUGUGGUCAGUAGUGGGACUGACCGGCUUCCACACCUACCUGAUCUCUCUCAACCAGACCACCAACGAGGACAUUAAAGGAUCCUGGUCGGGAAAGAACCGAGUCCAGAACCCGUACAGCCACAAGAACUUCAUGAAGAACUGCUGCGAGGUGCUGUGCGGACCGACGUACCCGAGUGUCCUGGACAGAAGAGGAGUGACACGGGAGGAUUCGCCUGUUUCUUCUGCGUCUGCUGCACCCUCAUCCUUCAGCAGCAGCAACCCUGUUUCACAGACCACAAAAACCACGGCUCCGCUGAUUCCCAACGAGCACACGCCCGACGACGCCAAGCCGAGCAUCGCCGCCCCGGCCGAGAAGAGCGCCGCCGCCAAAGAGGAAUUCCCUCUCGCUAAAGCGGUCCCACCUCUGGCUUCACCUGAGACUGAUGCGGAAGCAUCCCUCCCCAAGGACAAGGCCCAGUAGCUUGCAUGAAAGGGUGGCUCCUGCCAUAGCCACCCCCCCCUCCUGCUCCCCCCUCCUCCCUACCCUGUAUCCUCAGUGAGUGACAUUUUAAAAUGUGGCUCGGGUGACUCUCUGACACCCACGCUACUUUCAAACUAGAAGAGCGGAGAGCUUCUGCGGCAGCUCCUCCCUCGUCUCCUCACCAGUAGCUGCAGAGCGGUGUGACUGUCAGUUACUCCUGCAGGAUGAGGAAGAGGAGGAGGAAGAGGAGGAGGAGGAGGAGUGAUUAAAAUGGAAAGUCAGCAGCUUCCUUUCUGUCUCCUGAACACACUGCAUGUAAAAAGACACACGGGGCAAGAAGCUGCCGGAAGAACUGAAAAGAGAAGAAACUCUGCGGGCGUGUGACAUCUCCACGGGUCACUUGUGGGUCGCUCUCAUGAAAUUUAUUUAAAGUUGCAUAAUGACCUUUUAUCGUAAGAGGCUAGUUUAAAUAUAUUCCUUGCAAGUGUCUGACAAAGACAAUACUACUUCUGGACAUGUACAAGGCUACAUACAUACAGUUACUUUUCUGUUGUGUGCACAUUACAUGCCCUAUGCAAACCACGAGGAGGCUGGACAAGCAGCUUUUUGAUGUGUAGAAAGAAGGAAGGACAUCUGUGAGUCUCUGGGUUCAUGUCAAGUCCGUACAGGGGGAGGACAUGCUAAUCCUUAGCUGAGCUAUCCCAGGCAAGUCAAACUACCUUGCCUUGUGAUACUGCUGCAUUCAGUACUGUCGUCACUUACGUGCAUCUUUUUUUUUCAUUUUUCUUUUUUUUUUUUAAGUGAUCCAGACCAACUCCUGUCCUUCCAUUUUUAUAUAACGUACUGAUGCUCUGAAACGGAGGAAAUUGCUUGACGUGCAGUUGAAGUCUUGUGUCCCGGAGACGCUCAACCAGAGAUCCAGUGAGUGAGAGAAAAGGCCUGACUUCUCAUGAUAGUAGACACUGGUAGUAACAGUGCCUUAUCACAAUAGUUGCACCAUCCAAUGCAACUCAGGUCGACCGUCAGAGAAACCCUUGAGAUCCGUUAAAACCACUAAUUCAGUGUUAAAUGGGAAAUGCCAACGUUUAUACACCAAUUAGUCCAGUGUUUCCCAACCAGAUGGUUGGAAGAUAAUUCUAAAUAAUUUAAGAGAUGGUUCGAUAUUUUGGGAGGGUCGGUAGUUUAUUUGCUUUCUUCCAGAGAGUUGAAUGAGAAGAUUAAUACAUGCCUCAUGUCUGCAUAGUAAAUUUAAGGGCGACAGGAGGAGAGGGUUAGCUUAGCUUAGCACGAAGACUGCAAACAGCACCUCUAAAGCCCACUUUUAAUAUGCUAAAUUAAAUUUGAUUGUCUUACUUUUUUUUGUAUGUAUUUAACAAAAACAUUAGUGAACUUUAGAGGUGCUGGGAGAUGUCUGUUUUAACUUUAAAUAGAGCCAGGCUAGUUUCCCCUGCUCUGUUUCCAAUCUUUAUGCUAAGCUAAGCUAACCAGCGGCUCUCUGAAGCCUCAUAAUACGUGCAGAGAGUGCACAUGAGUCAAUCCACUCAUCCGAAUCCCAACAAGAAAUCCUAUAAAACCUGUUUAUUCCUUUAUCCAGGCGAAGAAUAAUACAAAAUCACAUAGUACAAAAAUGUGCUUUUUUUCUUGUAAAAUACUGUGAAUGUUUCUCAGUAUGCGUGUGAAGUAGCAUAGUUUCAAGGGGCUCAUAAGUCUGAAGGGUUGGGAACCACUGAAUUAAACCUUGUGAAACAAAAAAACAACUAAGCAAAGCCAUUGUUGAAUUGUACAUAGUUUUAGAAAGUGAAGAUGUACUGAAAGAGGGGCCGGUGUUAAUUAUGCCGCCCGUGAGCUUGAGCCCUUAAUCCUGCAAAUCCCACCGCAGCGGAUCUUCCUCCGAGUCCUCCCUCUUCCUGCUUUCUUUUUGCCUCUUCCCUGGAGAGAACUGCAUUUUAUUCCCCUCCUAUUCCUUGGAACUCUGUAGUUUGUGGCAGGCUCGUUAUCUGCAGGAAUAAAGGCCAGAGAUCCCUUUCACUCAUCUGUGUAUUUCAGCGUUUAACGUGGCUGCAGACUUUUGUUUUGGUCGCAGCAUCCAGAGAAAUCAGAGAGAGAGGGAAAGUGAAGCUAAUUCUUAGUAUUUAAAUCAUGUUAGCUGAUAGUGAGGGUUUGUAAUUGUGAUUGUGUUGUAUGCAAGACAGAGUUGGUGUUUGUGAAAUAUACUUGUGUAGAAGUUCUAGCGUGUCAACAGCUUCGUAUCCGAGUCUGAAAUCAAUCCUUGUGGCACCGUGAUGAUGGGGCAAUAAAAGCUCAAGAGAUUCCCCACUUUACUUUGAAAGAUGAAUUUAGGCCAGUUUUAUUAAUUAUUAGGUCAGAUGGGGAUGAUUUUAUUGAUUGUUUGGUCUAUGGAGUGUAAGGAAAUAUUAAACCUUCAACAUACUGAAAUUGAUAUGUUGGCAUUUUAAAGUCAUUAAAAAGUCAUUAUCAGAAAGUAUUUUUAUUCAAGAUCUUGGAACCAGCUCAACUGAGGCUUUUUGGGUUUAAAUAAUAGCGGUCGAUACAUUUAUUUUGUCGGUUGACCAACGGAUUAAUUGAAAAAUAGUUUUCAUCUCCACAAUCGGGAGGUAGCUGACACACUGCUGGAAGAAGCUUUAAGUCUAAAUCGUUUCUGUGAAGUAUAAAAAACUGCUGAACAAUAAGAAGUACUGAACCAGUCUUUAAAAUUGAACUGAGCGUGUGAACUUUCUUCGUAGAAAGUAUUUGAAGACGGUGUCUUUGCUGUCACCGAGAAGCAAGAAUGUAUGUGAAUGAUGUUUAAUAAAAGGAGGGGCGGGGGAUUUUAAAAGGGACGUUAUAAGUUUGAGUUGUAAAGGUUUUGGAGACUUAAGAGCGGAGCUGAUCCGUCGUACUUCUGAUUCCUCUGCCAUUACGUGGUCAGAUCUGAAUGCUCUGAUCAAUCUACUACAUUGCAUUAUGUAAACAGAUACAGUACUAUAACGUUGAUGGAACUCUUAAUUUAUGAUCACAUUGUUAAAUAUCAGCACUGUGAUUAUCUGUCAUUCAAUUUACUUCACUUCUUUUUACAUGAUCAAUGUGUCUGGUAAAUAAACAAUAUUGUCUUA